AUGCCACCAACAUUGAUUUCACCUUCGGAAAAUGAUUAUAUUCUUCGAGGAGUUGAUGCUAAUAUUCGUGCGGACGGCAGGGGACGUCUUGAUUAUCGUCAAGUAAUAUUGGAAACCGGUCUUAUAACGCAGGCUAGUGGAAGUGCUCGUUGUAGGCUGGGAGAAGGAACCGACGUAUUAGUUGGUGUUAAAGUUGAGCUCGGUGCAAUAGAAUUAGAUGGUGUCGAAGAAGAUGUUGCCGAGAUAAAGGCUAAAAGGGGAAGAGUUAUCUGUAAUGUCGAAUGUUCUCCAAUUGCUUCACAACAAUUUGCAGGUCGAGGAGCUGACGAUUUCAAUAUUGAGCUCACCCAGAUGUUGGAUCGUGUAUUGAAUGGCCCACAAAGUGGUUUGGAUCUUGAAAAACUAUGUAUCAUCCCCGGACAGCAAUGUUGGAUUGUUUACAUUGAUGCCAUAGUUUUAGACUAUGCUGGGAAUUUAUUAGAUACAAUAUUUAUGACCACACGAGCCGCACUUUAUAAUACAAAAGUACCAAAAACAAUUAUACAGGACAUCGGUGAUGGAGAAAUAGUAUUCGAUAUAUCAGAUGACGUUGAAGGAUGGGAGAGAAUUGAAGGCUGGGAUAAGGUUCCAGUCGCCAUCACUUUGAAUAAGAUCGGAUCGCGUCAUAUCGUUGAUGCCACUCCACUAGAAGAACUUACGACAGAAGCUAAACUGCUUGUAACAGUGAACAAAAAUGGUAAAGUUUGUGGACUUCAGAAAAGUGGAGGCGGAAGCAUAGAUCCAAGUCUACUAAAUGAAAUGGUGCAGACAGGACGAUCGUUAGGUCAAAGUUUGAUAAAAAGUUUGGAUGAAAUGGUCCGACGGGAAGAAAAUGAUAUUAAUUUGAAGCAAUCGCGAAGAGAACGUGCAGAUAACGGUAAAAAUGGUUCACUUUAUAGUAAACGUCAUCAUUCUCCUCCUCCAAUGCGUGCACACCACCAACCAGUUAUGAAAUUCAACGCUGAUAUGUGGAUGCAGGACUUUAAACAAAAUGUUAUGGAAAAAUUGUUUAAAGAAGAAAGGUUUAAGGCUUUUCAAAAAAAACGAAGAGGAUUGGAAAAUGUUAUGGAUGUUAGCGACGAUGAAGAUUGGCAGGAACAACAAAAGAUCACUCCGGUGAUCGCAUCUUCUCAAUAUUUAAUCCAAUCAGUCGUUCAAAAUGAAUGGGAAAAUUAUCAAUCCUCUCCAUUUUCUCAAUACCAACUUUGGUUACAAGAACAGCAAUUACUCUAUGCUGCGCAACAAUAUCAACAAACUGUUAUAACAAAGAAUUUGCCCCCAGAAUGGUUUCAGUAUCGAGAAAGCACGAACAAUGAAUGA